UAAUGAUAUUGAGAUUGAAUAUAAUAAAAUUAUUAUCAUUUACUUAUUUGCUUUAUGUAGUAUUAUAAUAUAAUUAUGAUAUCAAAUGGUUAAAUAGUGCCAUUGUGAAUGGGCGAUUUCAGUGCUAUCUUCUGAUUUACUUCGUUCAUUGAAUUUAUUAGAAUAUAAUUAACCAACAAAUUUGUUUCCUUAGAAUUUUCGUAAAAUUAAGAAUUCGUUUGUGUAUUCGGAUAUUCCUCUAUGACUUUAUCAGAAAAAUUUAUAAAAAAUCAAGUUCCGGAUUUCCUUGGGGAGGAACUUGUAUUUUGUGAUAAAUUAUGGGUCAACCGAAAGCGAAGCUUAGUAGUUCUCGCGCGCAAUUUGAAAUGCUACCAAUUUUACCAGAAACAACUUGUCAACAGUAUAGAUUUGUCAGAAACUUGUUUAAAAAAUGUUGCUUCAAACUUGUGUGACUAUAAAGGUCCAAACAGUAAAUGGUUUAAGUUUCGGAACGAUGACUCUCAUAGUAGCAUAAUGGAGUUAAAGUCUUUAUCGGAAACCUCAGAACAGCAGACCUCAAUAUGUGGCGAGGAGCACAUUACAACUGAUCUUAAAAUAUCAUUUGGAAAGUUUGUUUAUAGAAAUUUUGAAAUUUGUAAAUUAUAUUUGUUAAUACAUCUUUGGGAUAAAUUGUUGGCUAUUGCUAUGCCCGACUUCGUUUUUGUCAUGCAGUUCGAAAGUGUUCAUAAACAUCGUAUCAUACAUGGUAAAGAAAAAUUCGAUGCUAUUUUAGAAAUAAAACUUGAAAAUGGUGACAUGAUAUACACAAAUUUUCAAGAAAAUGAAAUUGUGAAUCGCUGUCCUCUUAGCAACAGUGGUAACGAUAGAAGAAAUAUAAAGCAGUUGAUGGAGCAAGUAAGAUGUGCCAAAGCGGAACUUCAAUUGUAUAAAUCAACUACACAAAAAGAAUUUGACAAUUUGCGUGAUUUCCAAACAUUUGGUUGUAACUAUAUUCGUAGCGAUCAGUUAGAAGAAAAGCCGUUUAUUGCCAGAUGUGGUGACAUUUGGUUAAGAUAUGUUUCGAACAAUAUAAUGGUUCUUGGUGUACCACUGGUCAACAAUUGCUCCAAACUUUGGAAACUUUUUUUCAAACCGAAGAUGAGGAAUUACAAACAACACCAACAAUUUGGUCGAAAUGUGAGUUGAAUCGAGUGCUGCCUUCAUCCUUUGCUGUACUUUUGAUUGCCAUACAAACUUCCCAAUUACUUUUAGUAGAGGAGUGUCCAUUACUAUUAUAUUUUGAAGUGGAAAAGGAACACUCACUCAAAAUUAAUCAAAAGGUAGAAACUAGA